CAUAACAAAUAUAUUAACGAAAUGUGAAAUGAUAAUAAAAUGGACUGCUGUGCUAACUCCAAACCGAGUUCCGAGUCAGACGAUUUAACCGGCGGAUUUGACAAUAAAAUCAAAGCAUAAAAUUCAAUUUUUCUGGUCAUCAUUUUCUUUCAGGAAGAAGCGAACAAAUCAACAAACUCAACAGAAAUGUCACCAAUGGCAGCAAAUUCAUCAAACAAUUCAAUACUCCCGUUGUCAAUUACUCCGACCACCACCAGUAGCAACGACGACAAAGAAGAGAAAGAAAAGCUGAUUAAAGGAAUCGGAGACGACAAGCUUUUUAAAGGAUCCGCCAUGACUAAACGAGGAGCUUACGCUGCUAUCUCUUACAUGUCUUGUGCCGUGCUUUUGAUAAUAUUCAACAAAGCAGCUCUUUCUUCUUAUAACUUCCCUAGUGCAAAUGUUAUUACACUCUUUCAGAUGAUAAGUUCGGUCUCUUUUCUAUAUGCGUUGAGACGCUGGAAGGUUAUCUCUUUCAAUGUGGGUGAAUCUUUAUCUAAUUCCGAUAGUAGCACCACUUUUGUACCGUUGCAGACAUUGAUGCACACCCUUCCACUUUCGGUUGCAUAUUUGCUUUACAUGCUAGUCACGAUGGAGUCUGUUCGUGGAGUUAAUGUUCCUAUGUACACCACCCUUAGGCGGACUACAGUAGCAUUUACAAUGGUUAUGGAGUACUUUCUGGCAGGACAGAGAUAUACACCUCCCGUUGUUGGAAGUGUGGGAGUGAUUAUUAUUGGUGCAUUUAUUGCGGGAGCUCGGGAUUUGUCUUUUGACUUCUAUGGAUAUGGUGUUGUCUUCUUAGCCAACAUUACGACAGCAAUUUAUCUUGCAACUAUUAGCCGCAUUGGGAAAUCCAGCGGCCUCAACAGCUUUGGACUUAUGUGGUGCAAUGGGAUUUUAUGCGGACCAGUUUUAUUAUUUUGGACAUUUAUUCGUGGUGAUCUGGGGAUGACAAUGAAUUUCCCAUAUCUUUUUGCUCCUGGUUUUAUGGUUGUGCUACUUCUUUCUUGUAUACUGGCUUUCUUCUUGAAUUACAGUAUUUUUCUGAAUACUACUCUUAAUUCAGCACUCACACAGACAAUUUGUGGUAACCUGAAGGACCUGUUUACCAUUGGUCUAGGCUGGAUGAUUUUUGGCGGGCUUCCCUUUGAUAUUUUCAACGUUAUUGGACAAAUGCUUGGAUUUUUCGGCUCCGGUUUGUAUGCCUACUAUAAGCUGAUAGGGAGGUAAUGGUUGAAACCAUGUGUACAUACUGUAAGUUAAUGGUUGUCGAUAACUCUGCUCUAAUUCCUAGCUACUGUUAUUCAUGAGUUGCUCGAAGAGAUUAUUUAGUUGCAUCAAGGCGAUUUCUAAUGAGUAGGGAGUUACUAAUCCGACUUUCUAAUCAAGGCUUACGUUGGCAAGCAUCGACAUCACGAGAAUGAAGCUUGCUUUCUUUGUUCUCAUUUUUUUGUUACCAUACAGAACAUAUAAAAUGCAGAAUAUUUAGGAGACACAUUACAUUGUUUUACAAUAUAAGAUUCUUUGCCUUCUCUAAUGGACGAACAUUACAGGCUAUUCAGUACAUGAUCAUGCUGAUUUAAUAAUUAUUCUUUCCUUAUCA